AUGGCGUCUUCGAUGAUCGGAAGGCCAAAAAUGAGACUCCUUUUUCACAGCUUUGCCGCGGGUCUUUAUGCUUUUACUUUUUACCACGAAUUAACGUUGAAUUUACCAAAUCGUGCUACUUAUGGCGGCAGAUGGAAGUUUUUAACGAUAUUAAAUUUGGUAAGAUAAGUGUUAAUUAAGCUUACGUAACCAAGUGUCAUGUUAAAAAAAGAAACAAUCUCAUGUGAGCUAAGGUCUCUUAACGUUGGAGGCCUGGACUCCGGCCGGCUGGUUACGAAAUCUCAACAUGGUGGCCUACCGAGGACUGUUUCAUUUUGGAUGUGGAUUUUUUUACAUUUACGGAACCUAUUAUGAUCUGCAAAUUGUGACAGCACAUUCGCAGAGUUAUGGAGGCCGAUUCAAAUACCUUACAUUUCUGAAUUUGGUAAGAAUCGAACGUGGGAAUGCUCACCUGCUCUGCAAAGUGACUUACAUGUAUUAAGUCAAUUUCAAAUACUCAGGCCAUACGUCUUGUUGAUACUUAACACUAAAAGCGUAUUUCCAAGUUAUGUCGAUUUCGGUUUGCUGUUUAACAUUACUGUUGCAUUUUUAAGGCUCUACUAUAAGCUUGUAUACAAUAAGCUUAAAUUUAUUGUAACUAAGCCGGAUUGUAACAGUUGUAAAAGUUGCAUUCAAAUAAUCCCUGGAUUGAAUUGUGUUUAACUAAAAUAUACUGUGACUAAAUGUUCAUAUGCUCAAGCACACCUCGGAGUGAUGUUCUGGUUUGCAUACACAGGUACAUGCAAAAGAAUUUACAAUUAUGUAUUAUUUAUUAUUUCUCCCCCCUCCCCCCCCGCCUCAUUAUUCACCUCUCUCCCUCACUUCCCCCAGGCUCUCUCCAGCUACAUCCACCACUGUAUGACACUGGGGUGGGGGGUCGGCUUCAAUAUUUUGUACUAUAACCUUUCUGGUUUGUCUAAUUAAUGAUGUGGCUGGACACUGCUCUCACGAAGAAAAAUUAUUUGCGGGCCUGUAAUGCUUAUAUUAUGGAAUUAUAUAUUUUAAUGGUGAUAUUAACCAACCUAUGCCAUUAACCAACCUAUGUUGGAGGCUCCCUCGUGGGUGAGACAUUUUUUACUAUUAUUGUGACUGUAUGAUGCAGUUAUGCCAUAAUGUGUUGCUUGUGAUGGACUGCGUGAUGCGGUUCACAAGUCCAGCCCACAAAAAUGGCCCUUGCUGGUCAACGAGUUCUCAGUAGCUCAGAGGUUAGAGCAUCCGAUUUAGAGCAUGGGGGGUCGUGGGUUUGAAUCCCAUCUGGGGCUCAGAUUUUUUCUGUGUCCUCUUAUGGUUGAUUCUUUACAUCUCCCUUUAUUUCCUUUUUAAUGGUGAUAUUACUCUUAUUAUUUUGUGUGUUUUCCUUUAGCUUCUUCAGUUGAUCUUCUUUAUAAUAGCACCCCUGGCAGAUGUGUUAACCUUUAUAAGAGGGAGAGAAGACAAUUGGCUUGUUAGAGCACGUGACCUUGUGUUUGCAUCAUUAGCAUUUCCUAUUAGUGUGGUAAGUGCAUGGGCUGAAAGGGGUUUGCCGUUAUCAGUCAUCAUCUUCUAUAUCAUCAUCAUCAUCAUCAUCAUCAUCAUCAGUUUUUUUUAUAAAGCGGAUAAAUUUGAUAAUAUACGGCACUCCUUGAAGGGUGGUGUUGGCACAAGGUUUGGAACACACUGUCCCCCUGGGGUCUUCAUGCCAUACCAAAAAGGAGUUAAGGAACAGAGCCCAUGAUUUUUUAUCCUAAAUGGAGACGACCAAAAUUUGUAACCAGCUGUAGAUAUCAGCACAUUCUCAUCAUUAAUUUCAAGACCCUGAGUGUUGAUCUGGUCAGGCUGGGGUUUGAACCUGGACCUCCUGCAAUUUUAGUCGACCCACAGUGCUUAGCUAGUUGAGAUAACCCUUUUUCCAUUCAUUCUAUUGUAGUCAUGUUUGGUGUAUGCUUCAAAGUUUUGUAUCGUGUUGUCUUGUUUCUAUCUGGCAAAGCAAAGAAAUGAAAAAAAAUAAUUAUAUUGAACAUUGUUAUUAUAUUUUAAUUUUAAUGCUAUGGCACCUGCCUGGGCUCAUGCAGAAAUAGUGCUGUCCAGUGGUCUGGGAACAAUUUAUUUUCCUGCUGUGCAAGUCGAUUUCAUGCCCAUUUAAUUGCUGAUGGGUUAGGGCCAGGCAAGUCACCUUCUAACUAAAAAUAAUUCUUUAGACAAGGAUCCAAUUGUGUACAAGCAAAAUGUAAGAUCAAACAACUUUUUGUGAAGUAAACAAGCUCAAAUUCAAGUUUUUUCAAGCCCUUAGCAGAAAUAAGACAAUUAGUAUGUCUCAUUUCUGACACCAAAGUCUUGAUUCUAAUUAAUUUCCACUUGAAGACCAUGCAUAUCAUUUACUCAUUUUUUAACUACAUUUCAGUUUGUAGCCACAACAUUUUGGGGAAUUUACAUGAUAGACAGGGAACUGAUUUUUCCUAAAGCACUUGACAAGAUUAUUCCUUCUUGGAUAUCUUUAUAAUAGCACCCCUGGCAGAUGUGUUAACCUUUAUAAGAGGGAGAGAAGACAAUUGGCUUGUUAGAGCACGUGACCUUGUGUUUGCAUCAUUAGCAUUUCCUAUUAGUGUGGUAAGUGCAUGGGCUGUAAGGGGUUUGUCCUUAUCAAUCAUUAUCUUCAUCAUCAUCAUCAUAAUCGUCAUCAGUUUUUUUGAUAAAGCAGAUAAAUUUGAUUAAAUAUACGGCACUCCUUGAAAGGUGGCAUUGACACAAGGUUUGGAGCACACUCCUGGGGUCUUAAUUCAUGCGAUACCAAAAAGGAGUUGAGGAACAGAGCCCAUGAUUUUUUAUCCUAAAUGGAGACGACUCAGUAAAAUUUGUAACCAGCUGCAGAUAUCAGCACAUUCUCAUUAUUAAUUUCAAGACCCUGAGUGUUGAUCUGGUCAGGCUGGGGUUUGAACCUGGACCUCCUGCAAUUUUAGCAGACCCACAUUGCUUAGCCAGUUGAGAUAACCCUUUUUCCAUUCAUUCUAUUGUAGUCAUGUUUGGUGUAUGCUUCAAAGUUUUGUAUCAUGUUGUCUUGUUUCUAUCUGGCAAAGCAAAGAAAAGAAAAAAUAUAAUUAUAUUGAACAUUGUUAUUAUUAUUUUUUUUAAUUUUAAUGCUAUGGCACCUGCCUGGGCUCAUGCAGAAAUAGUGCUGUCCAGUGGUCUGGGACAAUUUAUUUUCCUGCUGCGCAAGUAGGUUUCAUGCUCAUUUAAUUGCUGAUGGGUAAGGGCCUGGCAAGUCGCCUUCUAACUAAAAAUAAUUCUUAAGACAAGGAUCCAAUUGUGUACAACCAAAAUGUAAGAUCAAACAACUUUGUGUGAAGUAAACAAGCUGCAAUUCAAGUUUUUUAAAGCCCUCAGCAGAAAUAAGACAAUUAUUAUGUCUUAUUUCUGACACCAAAGUCUUGAUUCUAAUUAUUUUCCACUUGACGACCAUGCAUAUCAUUUACUCAUUUUUUAACUACAUUUCAGUUUGUAGCCACAACAUUUUGGGGAAUUUACAUGAUAGACAGGGAACUGAUUUUUCCUAAAGCACUUGACAAGAUUAUUCCUUCUUGGAUAUACAAUCUCAUGUGA